GUCACGAGCUGAUCAAAAUGCAGAUUUUUGUGAAGACACUCACAGGCAAGACGAUCACCCUUGAGGUGGAACCGUCUGACACCAUUGAAAAUGUCAAGGCAAAGAUUCAGGACAAAGAAGGUAUAGUCCACUCUCCAUCUGGUGUUGAGGUUGAGGGGUGGCAUCAUCGAGCCCUCUCUGCGUAUCCUGGCCUCCAAAUUCAACUGCGACAAGAUGAUCUGUCGCAAGUGCUACGCUCGUCUCCACCCUCGUGCCACCAACUGCCGCAAGCGCAAGUGUGGCCACACCAGCAACAUCAGGCCCAAGAAGAAGCUGAAGUAAAGUGUGUGGCUGUCCGCUGCUCCGCGCUCUCUCCUCUCCCUUUACAGACACUGGGGGAAUACUGUUAUUGUGAGGAAUAAAUGAAAGGGAGAGUUCCAA